UAAAUAGAGUGAAAUUACUACCCAUCCCUUUCCCCAAAUCUGUACGUCGUGUUCCCUCCCUCUUCGUCGUUCCAAAGAACAUCCCCAACCCUCCUCUCCUCUUGUGCUGCCUUCUACCGCCGGCCAAACCCACCCCGGUCGCGACCUCCACUGCCGUCGCUCCUCUUCUUCACCGCACACGUGCACCUCGACGGUGCUGUUAUCGCCUCUGUGCGGUCGCUCCUCUUCUUAACAACAGGAUGGAAAACACAGAAGCAAGUUUCUCUACUUUUGGUAUUUCUGAAGAGGAAGGUGACAAACUUGUUGCAGAAGUAAUUCGAUAUAUUCUUUUUAAAACACAUCAGAAUUCUGGAUGCCCAAUCAAGAGAGAAGAACUAAGUCAACUAAUAACAAAAAACUAUCACCAUAGAUAUCUUCCAACUCUUGUCCUCAACAAAGCCACUGCAAAAUUUUCAACCAUUUUUGGUUAUAAUUUGAAGGAGCUUCAACGUUCUCGCCCUUCAUCAAAUAAUCAGGCCCGAUCUUCACAGAGUUCUGUUGACUUAAAAUCAUACAUUAUAACAAGUCAACUAGAUCCUGGAGUCUACAAAAAGCAUGUUGAAGAUACAACAAAAUCAAACUUGACUGGAUUUGCAUUUGUUGUUAUUGGCAUUGUUCAUCUUGCUGGAGGCAAAAUUACUGAAGAAAGUCUUUGGCACCAUUUAGGGCGAUUGGGUAUGUCACAGAAUGAUGAAAGGCACACUGAUUUUGGGAAUAUCAAACAGACAGUGGAAACACUUGUCCAACAAAGAUAUUUGCACAAGGAUAAAAGUAAUGGCCCCGAAGGGUUAACAUUGUUUUAUGAGCUUGCAGAAAGAGGUUUGGAUGCCACACUUAGCAGUAGCUUUAAAGACUCCUUAUCACAGAUUGUCACGAGUGAGGCCACUGCAAUUGGACUUGACUAGUAUCCAAUUUGUUUAAUUUAGUUUAGUGGAAACUCUAACCCCUUUUGGUUUUAUCAUUUGUAAAAAAUUUAGAAGAAUCUUGAAAUGCUUAUUUGUGCAACAAUGUUUCACCGAAUUAUGAAACCAAAUUUCAACUGGUUAAACAUGUUACAUGUGAUGUAUGUACAAUGUUGUAUGUUUCGUACUAGAAUAGUAGAAUGGGCCAUAGAGAUGUGAA